UGCUUCAGACCUGUGUACAACGAACUUGUAGCGAGUAGGGCUUCGAUAGAUGUUGGGCACUAUGUGGCUAAAAUGAUGUACUUUUCGAAUGUGUUAGUUCGAAAUAAGUUCAAACAUUUUGGUAUUCAGCGAGCCUAAUGUGUCAUGUUCCCACUUCACGAAGCUGAAGCUUAUUCAUGCGCGUACCUGUAUAUCGAACAAACUUAGCCUUAAAGGACAGUGAAGUUGUCGUUACUGGCCAGAGUACUCGCUCAACAGACCGAAGCGAUAUGAACCAUUUGAAAUGGGGAAAGAGUUUCUUCGUCAAGCUCCACGGCUUUUUAAUGCACCGCGCGUAUUGAAAUAAAGCAAACAAAAACAGAAUAACUACGCAGUGAGCUAAGAGGUAAAACUGGCGAUGCUGUGCUACAGGAGAUCAUAACUGGCAGAUAGCAGAGAGCUUUCAACCGGCCAGGGUGUGGCACAGAACAUGUCACCGCGUAGACAGUACCGAAUGUCGUGUGAAUAUGCCUCCCCGUUGCAUAUUUACGUUUUUACCAAUAAAUCAAUCGUUGUCACAGAUUUACGACGCGGUGCGCGGACGAAGACUAUCGUUACGGAAAAUACGUCAUCAAGAAAGGAACCUCCGUCAUGGUGCCUGCGUACCAGCUGCACCAUGAUCAAGAAUACUGGAAUGAGCCAGAAAAGUUUGACCCAGAAAGAUUCAGUCCGGAGAACAGGCACUCCAUUAACCCAAUUGCCUACCAGGCUUUCGGCCUAGGGCCGCGCAUAUGCCUUGGUCAGCGGCUAGCGCUUGCCGAGCUGGCCUCAGCGACUGCGCACGUUCUCCGACACUAUUCCAUUGCUCUGGACGACAACCAGAAGCGUGACCUGGAGAUCCACACCUACUCUAUUAUGGCGGCACCAAAGGAAAAAGUGUUCAUCCGACUGCGUAGGCUCCAGAAAGCGCAGAGUGAUCCCCACUGAUACAUCUAAAUAGACGUCUAUUUUACGGCGGGGCUGUGAGAACCUCGCUAGGUUUUUCAUUCGGCCGUGCGCAACUUCGCGUAGCGAGUAUGUGCCAUAGAAAUUGGGCAAGCCCCACUGUUGACCUCAGGCCCACUAAAAACGAAGAAGCUGUAUGGCCAAGCGCAAGCUCGUCCAAGCACCAUAUGUUGGCGUUAUGGACAUAGUGCUAUUUGGUUGUGUCGCACCAAUAAACUAAUAAACAGGAUGAUGAAACUGAAGCUGAAUCAUUGAGGAACUGAAUGACCCAAUGCAGCUCGCCAAUGCUUUGAACAUCGGGAGCCGAACGAUGGUGCAGUCGGAAUGCUGCGCUUGUUUGAAAACCGAACAUCCAACAGAUUUACUUGACCAAUAACGAUGAAGGCUACAAUUUCUAUCAGGCAAAGGAUAAUGUACACAGGACUGACUGCCGGGGUUGCUUGGCUAUAAGAACACCCCGUUGACACGAUUGCAGUAGUAAUCACGACGCGUUUGACGAAAUGUACAAAGAUGUAUUUACAAUGACUGUUCUAAAUGUCAUGUCACUUGGAAAGCAUACUGUCCACUUGGAACACGAUGACGUCACACAAAGAUCGGAAUCCCUGUACCUAAC